UUCACUACACGAACUGUCGAUGGCUGGAUAAACACAGGCCCAUUUUGUGCGUUUCUCCUUACUGUUUUACCUCUUUUUUUCUGGAUUUUUGGAUUUUACCGGUUGGAUGUGUACAUGCUGUCGAUUCUGAGUACGGGUGAAACGCACGAUGUUUAAAUGCAUCCCCCUUUUUCGAGCCUGCAAUCGGCAAGUGGAGUACAUAGAUCGCCGCCAUUGCAAUCUCACCUCGGUGCCUGACGAUGUUUUACGUUACACCAGAAGUUUAGAAGAGCUUUUACUGGACGCAAAUCAAAUCAGAGAGCUACCCAGGGGUUUCUUUCGACUAGUGCAGCUAGCAAAACUUGGUCUAAGCGACAAUGAAAUCUCUAGACUGCCGCCUGAUGUCGCCAACUUUAUGAACUUGGUGGAAUUGGACAUCAGAAACAACGUAAUUUCUGAAAUUCCAGACAACAUCAAGUUCUGCAAGAAACUUCAGGUGCUUGAUUUUAGUAGCAACCCCUUAUCCAAAUUACCUGACGGGUUAACGCAGCUACGGAAUCUUACACACCUGGGUCUUAACGAUGUCUCUCUUGCUCGACUACCUCCAGAUAUUAGCAAGUUGUGUAAUUUGGUGUCAUUGGAGCUCCGAGAAAACAUGAUAAAAACCCUUCCAUCGUCUUUAUCAUCACUGAACAAACUCCAAAGCCUUGACCUGGGAAACAACGAAAUCGAGGAACUUCCGGAGACAAUAGGCAACCUGCCCUGUUUAGAGGAGCUGUGGUUGGACUGCAACGAGUUGUGUGAUCUCCCUGUGGAAAUAGGCAAGCUGAAACGGCUGACCCAGUUGGAUGUAUCAGAAAACCGCUUGGAGGUGUUACCUGACGAGAUCUCUGGUCUACAGAGCCUCACAGAUCUGUUCCUCUCACAGAACAGCCUGGAAUGUCUGCCAGACACCAUCGGACAACUGAAGAAGCUGUCUAUACUGAAAGUCGAUCAGAAUAGAUUGCUUGUCCUCACCCCUCACAUAGGAAGUUGUGAAAGUAUGCAAGAACUCAUUUUAACAGAGAAUCUGCUGAAUGAUUUACCUAUAACUAUUGGAAAAUUGUCACAAUUAGCAAAUUUAAAUGUGGACAGGAACAGAUUAACAGAGCUACCGAUAGAGAUUGGAAGAUUAAGCAAACUGGGCGUGUUGUCGUUGAGAGAGAAUCGGCUGUUACGUUUACCACAGGAGUUGGGAGAACUCAAGUCGUUACACGUAAUGGACGUGUCUGGGAACAGACUGGAAUACCUGCCCAUCACAGUGGCUAACCUGAACCUACAAGCUUUGUGGUUGUCAGAGAACCAGGCCAAACCCAUGCUCAAGUUCCAGACCGACUUUGACGAGAGGACGGGACAGGAAGUUCUCACCUGCUUUCUGCUGCCUCAGCAAGGUUUCCAUACAGAGAGCAUGGAGAACUUGUUACGGGGGAGUGUGGCCACUGACCAGGACAGCCGACUGAGCUGGAGUGAGAGGAAUGAACGGCCGCGUGACAGUGUCAUCCGAUUCGCUGAGGAGGGCGGAGAAGAGGUGGCAUCAGAUGACGAUGAGAGUCCAUUCAUCCGGCACGAUACUCCUCACCCACGAGAUUUGAAGGCCAGACACGCCAAACUUUUCCACAAAUCUAAAGGGAUUGAUGGCCACAUUAUCCCUAAAGAUCAGGACAGUAAAGAUAAGGAUCGAGUAUUUCUUCCACAACGAGACAGUGAUCCUCGAUGGUCCAGUCAAGAUCACGAUAGCAUGGAUAAUGUGGAUUUCGGAGACAGGAAAUCAUCCAUUGAAAUUGCCAAAAAAGAACCAGAACGAGUAAGGAAAGAACAUCCUGCUGAAUAUGAAGAGCGACCCAAGGUUUCCAUGACACCGGUUGCCACGGUGAUUGCACCAGCACCUGCGUCAGAUGCAGAGAAAGCUGAGAAGAAUGAGGAUGAGACAGAGGAACGCCACAGCCAGCACGAAGACUCUGAGGAUGAAGGUCAUGAGCGCACAACUCGCGUGGGUUUCUCGCCCGAUGUGGACGAACAGGCCAACAAGGACCACCGUUUACGCCGGAGGGACACCCCGCAUCACCUCAAGAACAAACGUAUCAAUCUCAGCGGAGACAGAGAUGAUGCCAAAAAAGUUCAGGAAAUUCUUGCUCAAGCUGCUGCAGCCAAAGAAACACCAGGUGAGCUGGCGGGAGAGCCGACUGUGACGGCGACAAUCAUACCUGGGGAAGAGCGGUUACCAACAGCAGAGCUGGUGGAAGGAGUGUCAGACGAUGAGCUUGUGGAGGAGGAAGAGCUCUCUAUAGACAUCCACCGUGCCCCUGGGCAGGGGCUGGGCAUUAGCAUCGCCGGAGGGAAGGGCUCCACCCCCUACAAGGGUGAUGAUGAGAGCGUGUUCAUUUCUCGAGUAACCGAGGACGGCCCUGCUGAGCAGUGUGGCGUCAGAGUUGGGGACAGGCUCCUUGCAGUCAAUGGCAUAGACUUGAGUCACGCUGACCAUUAUGAGGCUGUGGAUGUUCUGAAGAGUGCUGGCAACAGCAUCAACAUGAUCAUCGGCAGAGAGAAGCCUAUUGAAAAGAGUCCAGAAGAGUUUGGCAAGACAGGCAGUGCUACUGUGACCUUUACACCUGAACCUGACAUGGAGGUCAAGACACAGACAAUUUCCACCACCCUUGAUCGGGACCAACACGGUCUAGGGUUUAGCAUUGCUGGAGGACGAGGUUCUGUCCCUUACAAGGGUAACGACAAUAUAUACUCUUUUCUUGAGGCUAUAUAUAUUUCGCGCGUCGUAGAUGGAGGAGCGGCGCAACAGGAUGGAAAACUUCGCAUCGGCGAUAGAAUUAUUUCGAUAAAUGGCAUUGAUAUGUCUGAUGCUCGGCAUGAUCAAGCAGUGGCCUUGUUAACAGGACUGGACCGCAAGAUAGACCUUGUGGUCCAGCGGGAAGAACUUGUCCCGAAGGAGAACACCGGGCCGUCUGUGCAAACGGAAGACGUCACGACAAACAAACAGCCAGUGACUCCGCAGAGAGUAACCUGGAACCAGUCCUCCCACACUGCCACACGUUUUGCUCCAACGAUUACCAGCCAGUCACCGGUGACCAUCAACCAGUCCACUCUUCAGUCGUCCCCGGCAACGUCUCCGCCCUCGGUCAGCCAAUCACACACAUUGCAGCUUCAUGCGACGCCAACGGUUCAGUUCCAGGCUCCUCCUCCUUCAUCAUCUCCAUCAUCCCAGUCAUCAUCGUCAUGGAAACCGCCGGCCAUGACCACUGUUCAGCCACCGCGCUUUCACUACCCUGGGUUCAGUCGGACUCAGCCAGCAACAAACUCCGCCGAUGUUGCCCCAUCCCCAGUUGUCUCCCCUCCCCAGCCAUAUGCCCCCUCAGUGACAAUGCAAUCCUCCCCUGUUGUACGCCCAGUGACGUUAGAAAGGGAGGCGGCCCCUCUUAGCCAGACUCUACCCAAUGACUCCUCUCCCCCUGUGAGGGAAACGAGCACAAAUGCCUCAACUAUAACUGUGUAUAGAGACACUGUCACCAAACCAGCUGUGGAUGUGGUGAACCAUGUCAGUGAACUGGCAGAGCAUGUUCAUCCUUACCCUGUGGAAGAAAUCACCAUCUGUAAAGGUGGUGGUCCUCUAGGCUUGAGUAUAGUAGGGGGUAGCGAUCAUUCCAGCCAGCCGUUUGGGGCAGAUCAGCCCGGAGUAUUUAUAUCAAAGAUUGUUCCUGAUGGUGCUGCAGCUAAAACAAAGUUAAAAAUAGGAGAUAGAGUUUUAAGUGUAAAUGGUAAAGAUAUUACCACAUGUACACAUCAAGAAGCUGUUAUGGCCCUCAUAUCACCAGCUUUUGAAAUUAAUCUUAUAGUUCGGCACGACCCGCCUCCAGACGAUCUUGAGGAAUUAACUAUUCUUAAAAAGCCUGGGGAAAAGUUAGGAAUGAGUAUUAAAGGCGGGUCUCGUAGUUACCCCGGCAACCCACUAGAUAAAUCAGAUGAAGGUAUUUUUAUUUCAAAGAUUAAUGAUGAUGGGGCAGUUGCUAGGGAUGGCAGGUUAAGUGUUGGCCAAAGGAUUUUAGAGGUAAAUGGUCAAAGCUUACUGGGUGCAUCCCAUCAGGAGGCAGUGAGAGCGCUGCGAAGCGUAAGCGAAGAGAUGAGGAUCAUGGUCUGCCACGGCUAUGAUCCCAUGGAAAUUGAGGUUAGCUCCCCUACCACGCCACUAGGGGGCAUGCUGGAAAGGUCACAUCAUGAUUCGUUGUCCAGCAUAGACAAGGACGAUGAAGAACAUCUCAUCAUUAAACAGGAACGACUGCGUCAAGAGCGAGAACACCUUCAGGGUUUAGAUAACUCACAUCCAAGCCAGAAUAGAACAGAGCCGUCACCAGAGAAAGAUAGCAUAUCAUCUGCUCACCUCACUGAUCAUGUGACCAGCGUGCCUCAUGUGCCUCCCAAGCCGAAAUUCCGACCAACUUUGCCCCCAAAACCAGUCGCCGCAGUGGUGAGAUCACCCUCGGAAGAGGAAAAUCUGGAUCCCAUUCGGCAGGCGCGGUUACCAGCCGCCAAACACAGAUCGGUCGCCAUGCAGCCGGGCACAUAUAGCCAAUUCACGAGCCCUAAUGUUGUAGCAUCGCCAAAGAAAGCUGAAAAAGAAGAAAUUUUUGAUCCUCGCAAGGAGGCAAGAAAACCGUCAGCAUCGCUUAAGGGUCAGGGAGAUUCUGCUGGGAUUCCAGAACACAUGUCCAUCAUCCAGAGGAAGAAGUUUUUUGAAAAAGAAAUAGAGCAGCUGCAAAAACCACCACAAACACAAAAAAAGCAGUUUAGUUAUUUAGCGGAUCAUGAAAUAGCUCGAAUGAAGCAAGAGGAAGAGCAGAAAGCCUGCAGCAUGACUCAGCAAGAACUGCUUUCCUAUGUUACAGGCCAGGAAGAGGAUGCUGAACAACCAGAGUAUGACAAAGUCUUGUCAAGUCAGAGUAACAUAAACUCCAUACAGGGGCAGGUUCGAACUGCAAAAGCAGAGAAACGAAUGCAGGAACGUUUAAAAACACUCUGGGUCACCCGUUGUAUUGCCGACGGAGAACGUAAACUUUCUCCCGCCGAUGAACGAGCCUUGCAGGCUGAAAAACGGGCAGCUUGGAGGAAAGCUAGAAUGAAGUCUCUGGAGGACGAGGCCCUGCGCGCUCAGGCUGUGAUCACCAAAGCUCAAGAAAGGUCAAUGACGACCGAGGAGGCUAAAGUUAAGGCCAAUACCAUGUCAGCAGUCGAUAUAGCAUUUGCAGAUGAGGAGGAAGAAGUCUCUGGUAAACAGAAUGGCCAAAAUAACUCACAGUCCAAUCCCAUAGACAGUAGAUCCAGUAAAAAACUUGUUAUACAUCUACGAGACGGAGAUACAACCACCAAAGAAACCGAAAGACUUGUCGGUGAAAAAGUUUCGAAUAAAACAGAAGAAUAUGUUGACGAUGUCACUGGUCAGACUCGGCUACGAACUGUCCAAGUGGUCGAAAAGACCAUUGAAAAAGAGGUAGAGGUCACAAAACAACAAAUUAUAGAGCUAAGUUUAGAAGACAAGGAACCCAGUUCACAAACACCAUUAUUAUCGCAGAGGCGGUAGGGAAGGCUCUCUUAAUUUAGGAUUUAGAAAUUAGCGAUGUACUCCGGCACAUCUGUCACCAGCGCCAUCUGGUGAGGUCUCAAGGACACAUACCAAAGGGGAAGAACUCUUGUAUUAAAGACAUGGAGUGGUUACCCUUACUGGUGCAAUUGCUUGGCUGUUUUUUUUUUGGGGG